UGUCAGAUACUGGGGAGUCCAGAGUUUCCUAUGCUGUCAAAAGAAGGAGAUGUUAUGAUCGGUGGAGCCUUUUCCAUCCACAGCAAAAUAACAUCGCCUUCACUUGUCUUUACAGAGAAACCCAAACGCCUCAGGUGUUCCAGUGUCAACCUUAGGGAGUUUCGAUUUGCACAGACGAUGAUAUUUGCUAUUGAGGAAAUAAACAAAAACAGUUCUCUUCUUCGCAAUGUUUCUAUUGGAUAUCGUAUUUAUGACAACUGUGGCUCAACACUGUCCUCAAUGCGUGCAGUUAUGGCCCUGAUUAAUGGUGAUGAAUGGAUGCUGGGAAAGAGCUGCUCUGGCCAAUCAGCUGUGCAUGCUAUUAUUGGGGAGUCUGAAUCCUCUUCAACCAUUGUUCUGUCACAAACUACUGGACCAUUUAAAAUACCAGUGAUAAGUCAUUCAGCUACUUGUGAGUGUUUGAGUAGCAGGACAGAAUAUCCUUCUUUUUUUCGAACUAUUGCCAGUGACUUUUAUCAAAGUCGAGCCCUCGCUCAACUGGUCAAGCACUUUGGCUGGACCUGGGUUGGAGCAGUCAAUAGUGAUAGUGACUAUGGUAACAAUGGCAUGGCUAUCUUCCUAGCUGCGGCCCAAGAAGAAGGAGUAUGUGUGGAAUACAGAGAGAGGUUUCACAGGGCAGAACCAGAAAAACUUCUAAAAGUGGUUGAUGUGAUCCGUAAGAGCACUGCCCGGGUUAUUGUUGGUUUCCUGGCCCAUGUAGAGAUGAACAACCUUCUGGAGCAAUUGAGUCUGCACAACAUCACUGGCAGACAAUUCAUUGGAGUGGAGGCCUGGAUUACUGCUAACAGCCUUGUGACUCCUACCAGCUUUGCUGUAUUGGGAGGCUCACUGGGCUUUGCAGUGCAAAAGGCUAAUAUCAGUGGCAUGGAAGAUUUUUUAGUCAAAGGCUUUUGGGAAUUUCAGUGUAAGGAGGCAAACCAGGACAGUAUGAUAAAUACUACAUUUUGCAAAGAAAAUCAGGAUCUAAUGGAGCUGAUAGAUUAUGAUGAUGAUGUGGCAGAGCUGAGAUACUCCAGUAACAUUUACAAAGCAGUCUAUGCUGUAGCCUAUUCUCUGCAUAACAUCCUGAAGUGCUCAAACAUUCAAGGGUGUGACAAGAAAGUUCAUGUUACUCAUAGGCAGGUAGUGGAGUCCCUAAAGCAAGUGAACUUUACUAUUAAGAAUGGGGAUCGAGUGUGGUUUGACAGCACUGGAGCAACUGCUGCCAGGUACGAGGUGGUAAACUGGCAGCAUGGACCAGAUGGAUCUGUUCAGUUUAUACCAGUUGGCUAUUAUGAUGCUUCUCUACCUCCUGGUCAGAGGUUUGUUCUUAAAACGGAAGCCAUUGUGUGGCCUGGAGGAAGCAAAGAGUUGCCUGUCUCAGUGUGCAGUGUCAGCUGCCAUCCAGGAACACAUAAAGUUCUUCAAAAAGGAAAGCCAGUCUGCUGCUAUGACUGUAUGCCAUGUGCAGAAGGAGAAAUCAGCAACACCACAGAUUCUAAUGACUGCAAAAAGUGUCCUGGAGAAUAUUGGUCCAAUCAAAACAGAGAUGCAUGUAUAUUAAAAAAUGUUGAGUUUCUUUCCUUCACAGAAUUUAUGGGAAAAAUUAUUGUGUUUUUUACUUUCUUUGGUGUUCUCCUUAAUUUGAUAGUGGCUGCUCUAUUCUUAAUCAAGAAGGACACUCCACUGAUAAAGGCCAACAAUUCUGAGCUGAGCUUCCUGCUGCUCAUCUCCUUGACUCUGUGUUUCUUGUGUUCUCUAACUUUCAUUGGUCAGCCCUCCGAGUGGUCCUGCAUGCUUCGACACACAGCAUUUGGCAUAACUUUUGUGCUCUGUAUCUCUUGUAUUCUGGGGAAAACAAUAGUAGUACUGAUGGCCUUUAAAGCUACACUUCCAGGGAGUAAUGUCAUGAAAUGGUUUGGACCUGUACAGCAGAGACUGAGUGUUCUAGCAUUCACUCUCAUACAGGUAUUGAUUUGCAUUCUUUGGCUAACAAUAAACCCACCAUUCCCCUACAAAAAUAUGAACCAUUACAAAGAUAAAAUUAUACUUGAAUGUGCCCUGGGAUCACCUGUAGGUUUCUGGGCUGUGUUAGGAUACAUAGGGCUGCUGGCUAUGUUAUGUUUUGUACUUGCUUUUUUAGCUCGAAAGCUGCCUGAUAAUUUCAAUGAAGCUAAAUUUAUCACUUUCAGCAUGUUGAUUUUCUGUGCAGUGUGGUUAACCUUUAUACCAGCUUAUGUCAGCUCCCCUGGAAAAUUCACAGUUGCUGUGGAAAUAUUUGCUAUUCUGGCAUCAAGUUAUGGGCUACUCUUUUGUAUUUUUGCACCAAAAUGCUAUAUUAUUGUAAUUAAACCUGAACUGAACACAAAGAAACAUUUGAUGGGAAAAAUACAAUCAAAAUAA